AGUUUUAUUUAAAAACGACGACGUUGGUUGGCAUGUCUAUAAAUACCCACGAAAGUGCAAAAAUAUCUUAACCAACUAUACAAAUCCAGAGAAAAGUAGUGAGCGCAAGUAGCGGUAGUUGCAGAAGAAGAAGAAUGAAAUUAACAGGACUACUAGCCAGCGAGGUUUUGACUUUGAGUCCUUGUUCUUCAACUGCUCCUUUCUCUUUCAGAACCUUCCAUUCACUCUCCUUCUCUGGUUCUUCUCCUUGCUUUCUCAGAAGAUAUUCGUCUUUCUGCAUUCCGAAGCUAGGAAAUGGAACGGAUAAGUGCCAAGGAAGAGGCGUAACUGUUAGAGCAGCGUCAGGGGAUCCGAGUGGUGAUUUGGUGCCGAUUGCUCCUCUUCGCUUUGAAUCUCCUGUCGGCCAGCUUUUGGCGCAGAUAUUGCAGACGCAUCCGCAUUUACUUCCUGCUGCUAUAGAUCAGCAGCUCGACAACCUUCAAACUGAUAAAGAUAUCCAGAGACAAGAUGCUUCUUCUGAAGAUCUUCUCUACAAGAGAAUAGGUGAAGUCAAAGAGAAGGAAAGACGGAAUGCAUUGGAGGAGAUAAUAUACUGCUUGAUUGUGCAGAAAUUUGUUGAAAAUGACAUUUCAAUGAUUCCUAGGAUAACAGCAACCGCUGAUCCUGUUGGACGGGUGGAUUUUUGGCCAAACCAAGAACAGAAGCUAGAAUCUGUUCAUUCUCCUGAAGCAUUUGAGAUGAUACAGAGCCACUUGUCUCUAGUACUUGGGGAGCGAAUGGUUGGUCCCCUUGAUACCAUUGUUGAGAUUAGUAAAAUUAAACUAGGAAAGUUGUAUGCUGCUUCUAUAAUGUAUGGAUACUUCCUCAGAAGAGUUGAUCAACGAUUUCAACUGGAGAGAACUAUGAAUACACUUCCUGAAGGUUUCAAUAAAGACAGGGCAAGAUAUGAAGAUCCAUCUCCAGGGAUCCGGCUUUGGGAUCCAGAUUCCUUGAUCAGAAUCCAACCUGAUGAUGAUGGUGAUAGUGAUAUCGGAGGGUUCAUGGAUGGCAGUGACAGCAAAUCAUAUAGGCUGAGAUCCUACGUAAUGUAUUUAGAUGCAGAGACACUUCAAAGAUAUGCAACCAUAAGGUCCAAGGAAGCUAUUUCACUGAUUGAAAAGCAAACACAAGCCCUGUUCGGGAGACCCGAUAUCAGAAUUCUUGAAGAUGGUUCUAUCGACACAUCUAAUGAUGAAGUGGUAGCACUCACAUUUUCUGGAUUAACUAUGCUAGUGUUGGAGGCAGUAGCAUUUGGAUCAUUCCUGUGGGAUGCAGAAACUGACGUUGAAUCAAAAUACCCGUUUGUUAAAGGCUAACGACAAUAUCCGUUUCAUUAGUUUCGUUGAUUACCGAUGAUCUUCACAGCUCCAUAGAUUGUAAUCUAAAUAUUUUUUUUUUUAUUUUUAGGUUGUCUUGUGAUUUAAACCAUGACAUGCCUCAACCAAACAAAACCUUUUCGCAAUCAUACUCUGAGAAAGCCAGAAACAUUGUAAACGCAGGAAGAAAAUUAAAAAAGAGAAGUC